AUGAUGCCGGUUGCAGUCAGCACCCAGGGCCCGCCCCAGACACCGCCGCCUCAGAAGCUCGGCGGCCUCUCCUCCCCCAUCAAUUUAGACCCCCCCGUGGAGACGGACUGCCUACUUACGCAGAAGUUAACAGAAACCCUGAAGCCCUUUGGGGUCUUUGAAGAGGAAGAGGAACUGCAGCGCAGGAUUUUAAUUUUGGAAAAAUUAAAUAACCUGGUAAAGGAGUGGAUACGCGAAAUCAGCGAGAGCAAGGAGCUCCCACAGUCUGUCAUCGGAAGCGUGGGAGGGAAGAUCUUCACCUUCGGGUCGUACAGACUAGGCGUCCACACCAAAGGGGCCGAUAUUGACGCGCUGUGUGUUGCACCGAGGCACAUUGACCGGGGCGACUUUUUCACCUCAUUCUACGACAAAUUGAAACUGCACGAAGAAGUAAAAGAUUUAAGGGCAGUUGAAGAGGCAUUUGUACCAGUUAUCAAACUGUGUUUUGAUGGGAUAGAGAUAGAUAUUUUGUUUGCAAGAUUAGCACUGCAGACGAUUCCAGAAGAUUUGGACCUGAGAGAUGACAGUCUGCUAAAAAAUUUAGAUAUUAGGUGCAUACGAAGCCUUAACGGUUGCCGGGUAACCGAUGAAAUUUUACACUUGGUACCGAACAUUGACAACUUUCGGUUAACUCUCAGAGCUAUCAAACUGUGGGCCAAAUGCCACAAUAUCUAUUCUAAUAUACUCGGCUUUCUCGGAGGUGUUUCCUGGGCGAUGCUAGUAGCAAGGACUUGCCAGCUUUAUCCAAAUGCAGUAGCAUCAACUCUUGUCCGUAAAUUUUUCUUGGUGUUUUCCGAAUGGGAGUGGCCCAAUCCAGUGCUCUUGAAAGAGCCCGAGGAGCGGAAUCUGAAUUUGCCGGUGUGGGACCCUCGGGUCAACCCCAGUGAUAGGUACCAUCUGAUGCCCAUCAUCACACCAGCCUAUCCCCAGCAGAACUCCACGUACAAUGUGUCCGUUUCCACCCGGAUGGUCAUGAUUGAGGCGUUUAAGCAAGGGCUUGCCAUCACGCAUGAAAUCUUGCUGAGUAAGGCAGAGUGGUCCAAACUGUUCGAAGCCCCAAACUUCUUUCAAAAGUACAAGCAUUAUAUUGUACUUCUCGCAAGCGCACCAACAGAGAAACAGCAUCUAGAAUGGGUGGGCUUGGUGGAAUCAAAAAUCCGGAUUCUAGUUGGGAGCUUGGAGAAGAAUGAGUUUAUUACCCUGGCCCACGUGAACCCCCAGUCGUUUCCCGCACCGAAAGACAAGCCCAGCAAGGAUGAGUUCUGUACAAUGUGGGUGAUUGGAUUAGUGUUGAAGAAACCGGAGAACUCUGAGACGCUCAGCAUCGACCUCACCUAUGAUAUUCAGUCUUUCACUGACACGAUCUACAGGCAAGCCAUCAACAGCAAGCUGUUUGAGAUGGACAUGAAAAUCGAUGCAGUGCACCUCCGGAGGAAAGAACUCCAUCAGCUCUUCCCAAACCACGUGCUUCAGAAAAAGAAAAGGCUGUGCACAGAAAGCGUCCAGUUGGCAGCUGUGAACGACAGCAGUCGUGACCUGUCUGUGGACAAUGGUGGUGGCUUGUCUGCACCUUCACCUUCCAGUGCUGUGAAGACCAGCCCACUGACAGGCAGCUCUCUGGGCAGGAGCAGCCCUGCCCCCAUUCUAACAGCAGCACCAGUGGCCAGCAUUCCAGUUACAGGCACUGCCAUGCCCCAAAUCAAUUCCAGUGAAAGCUCGGGGGCAUUGUUAAGUGAGAGCAUUCUUCACAGUGCCACACAGCCGGCCAUCCCUUCACCGCCAAGGGCUACUGUUGCUAGAGUCGUUUCCUCAACGUGUCUGGUAAACCGUGCCUCCAGACCUUCCGGAAACGCAGCGACCAAAAUGCCCAGCCCUAUUGUAGGAGUCUAGAGAACUUGCUCCCCUCGGAAAGAAGAACAGGAUAAGGAAACCACGGCCGGAGAACAACUCAACCAAGGGACAAGUGGAGCCCAAUUAGAAAUCUCAGGAAACAUCCAUUACUGACCUUCCCGAUACCCCUCCUCACCCUGCUCACCCUAUCUCUGUUAUCAAGAAUUCAAUAAAAGGGAA